AUGUUGCGGGAUGUACCACCUGUCAUACAACCUGAGAGUAUGAACCCCAUACUUCAACAGUCGCUUGAAAGUCCUAGAGCACACCAGUUAUCAGAGGAACAACAAUAUAUUCUUAACAUGGCUUUGGAUGGAAAGUCGUUAUUUUUCACUGGAUCUGCCGGAACCGGCAAAUCUUUCCUUCUUAGACAGAUUAUUAAGGAAUUAAAACUUAGCGGCCGCACCAUGGCUGUAACUGCAAGCACCGGACUUGCUGCCUUGAACAUUGGAGGAAGAACUCUUCACUUGUUUGCAGCGGUGGGAAAUGGGGGCCAGCAUGCUAGCAUCCUAAUUAAUAGGGCUUGGGGUAGCAGAAAAAUUCACAAAUGGCAAAGCACAAACGUCUUGGUGAUUGAUGAAAUUUCCAUGGUCAAAGCCCAAUGGUUUGAUGUCCUGAGUGAUAUUGGCAAAAUUUUAAGAAAUAAUCCAAAACCUUUUGGAGGCUUGCAGUUGAUCAUAUGUGGCAAUUUCUUCCAACUCCCACCUGUCCCAGAGCAGUCCUACAUCAAAACUGGUAUACCAGUUUGCUUCGCCUUUCAAGCAAGAGAAUGGGAUUGGGCCGUUCCAAAUAAAUUCAGAUUGACGCGCGUGUUCCGGCAACACGACCCCAAGCUGAUAAAUAUGUUAGAAGAAAUGCGCAUUGGACAAAUUGGUCUGGAUUCAAAAGCUUUACUAUACACCCUAUCCAGGGAGGUCAAGUAUCCAGACGGAAUUGGUCCUGUUCAAUUAUUCCCACUUAGAAUCCUAGCAGACUCCGCAAAUCAACAACAGAUGGAAUCACUCCCUGGAAUUUCAAUGACAUAUCAAGCCCAAGAUAGAUUUGCCAAGCCUACAGAUUCCAAAAGCCGAUUCCUAGAUCCCGAACGGGGAAGGUCAUUGCUUGACAAAAUGGCAAUGAUAAGGAUUGGGGCGCAGGUGAUGUGCACCAAGAACCUCCGCAACACCAACAUUGUCAAUGGAAGCAUUGGAAGAAUAUUGGAUUUCAUGACUCCAGCGGAGGCGCAACAAUCAAAACAAUUUAUUCAUAUAAUUCCAAGCAAUGACCCUAACUAUAAACCAGGAACAGCAGGACCACAUUGGGGAACGGAAUCGUACCAAGUGCAUCCUGUUGACGUUGAGAGCGCCACGAAAAAACCACACAAUGACAAGGAUGGAAAUUUUUAUUUUCCAACUACUGAAACCAAGGGCCAGGCGUGGCCGGUUGUUCAAUUUGAUGAUGCAGUCCUCCUUGCAACACCAACCCUAUUUACAUUAGAGGACGUAAUGGGCAGGACUCAAGCAUGUUGGAAGCAGAUACCAUUGAUAUUGGCCUGGGCGUUAACUAUGCACAAAGCACAGGGGCAAACCCUUUCGCGUGUUAAGGUUGACUUGUCAGCAACCUUUGCUCCAGGCCAAGCAUACGUAGGAAUAUCCCGCUGCAAGACUCUUGAAGGGUUAGAAGUUUUAAACUUCUCCUCGAGCGUUGUGUUUGCACACGAAAGGUAA